CGAUUGCUUUGUCCUGGCGAAUGGGCCAGUUUGUGUUCUGACGUUUGUUGCUCGGUGCAGCUCGACUUUGGUCUAAAAUAUAAAAUAAUGGCUCAGCCUCCACCAAAGCCAUGGGAAAGGCGAAUCCCCGGAACCAUGACUGCACCACUAAACUAUCGCUCAGCUGACUUCGGAUCAGUUUCACAAAGUGGUUUAUCAGUGUCUGGUCCUCCAGUUCUAACACGUGUGGCACCACCCAUCCCUCCAAGACCCGUUCAGCAGGCAUACCGCCCUACAUACAGCUCAUUUCCCUCCUCAUACAGCCCUUAUGGGAGCUCCAUUUACGGUGGCUACAGCCCGUACAGUUACAGUGGUUAUGGAGUUGGAGGCGGCCUGGGUUAUAACCGUUAUAACCUGAUGGACGAGGUCCCACCCAGCCGCUUUGUUCAGCAGGCAGAGGAGAGCAGCCGCGGAGCAUUUCAGUCCAUUGAAAGCAUCGUCCAUGCCUUCUCGUCGGUCAGCAUGAUGAUGGAUGCUACUUUCUCUGCCGUCUAUAACAGCUUCCGCGCUGUUCUGGAUGUGGCCAAUCACUUCUCUCGUUUGCGCGUACAUUUCACAAAGGUGCUUUCUGCUUUCGCCCUGGUUAGGACACUUAGAUACCUUUAUCGCAGGCUGCAGAGGCUGCUGGGGAUGCGUCAGGAUUCGGAGGUGGAAGAUUUGUGGGCGGACAGCGCCGCUUCCUCCAUGGUGUCGGCUUCAGGAACCAGAGGAGCUGGGAUAGAUGACCCCAAAGUGAAUUCUGUCAAAUCAUGGCCCAUUUUCUUGUUUCUUGCUGUAGUUCUCGGAGGGCCGUAUUUGAUCUGGAAGCUUUUGCGGUCUGCUGAGGGUCCUGAAGAAAACGCCACUAACUGGGCAAGUGGGGAGGAUGACCAUGUAGUAGCACGAGCCGAGUAUGACUUCACAUCUGCGUCUGAAGAAGAGAUCUCUCUACAGGCUGGAGACAUGCUUAAUCUUGCCCCUAAAGAACAACAGCCCAGGGUGCGUGGCUGGCUUUUAGCCAGUGUGGAUGGGCAGACCACUGGCCUUGUACCUGCCAACUACGUCAAAGUGUUGGGCCGAAGGAGAGGCAGAAAGCAUGCAGAGUUAGAGAGGAUGGCACAGGCCCAGCAGGCUGCACAGAAUCUUCCUGCACCUCAAACUGCUCUGGCUACAGCUUCGGUUCCCGACGCCAGGCUGGUGGUCCCCACUGCAUCUGUUCCAGAUGAGCUGCUGGAGUCUGUGUACGGUGAAACACAAGGCCUUCACGCUGCCCCGGAGGUGCAAGCUUCCGCAAACAACAACAACAGUGAUACUGUAGUGAUAACCUCAGAAAAGAUGGACUUAUGAAUAAUUUGUAUGUGCGGGAAGGUGUGUGUCUUGGUGGGAAAAUAAAAAUGCAUCCUUUAUUAGAAUGUAUAACCCCUCUUUAUAACUUAGUGCAACACUUCAGAAAGGAGAGAAACCGUUGUUGAGGGGAGGUCAUUUUCCUUUAUAACGUAAUUAUUUUACAAAUUUCAGUAGAUUGCUAGUCUCAAAGCCAUUACCAAAUUUGUGUUCACAUUUUCUUUUUUCAACAAAGAUAUUGGGUAUUUCAACAUUAUAGUUUGUGCAAUCGUGUUGAUAAGAGCCAUUAAUUUAUUUUGAGUAAUUAUUAGGAAAAAUGUAUCCAGUUUGUUGAUAUGCUCGCAUCAAGCAUAAAACGUUGAAUCUGAUUAGUUUAAAUUUGGAGUUGUUAUAUCAGUCAGAAUUUAUAAUGCGGUGUUUAUCACGAAUUUCACGAGUUUUAAAUUCUGUUCAUUUUUCUGCAAUGUGAAUAUUUAAUAUUUUAAGUUGUGUUGUAUCAAGGAUUAGUUUGUGCAUUUUUCUGUGUUUUCAGGCUUGUUUGUUUUUUCUAACUAACACAAUGUGCAAUUAUGUAAAUACGAGCAAAUAUUUUGCCAUUAAAUGCUUAAAAAUUUA